UGGCGGGCACUUAGGGGCUGGGGGGGGCAACUGGGGGCGGGGGGGGGGGGGCAGUUGGAGGGGGCAGUUGUUUCCGUGGGGCAGUUGUUCCCCCCAACCCCCUCAGACCAUGCACCGAAGGCGCCACCAAGGGCUCAGCACUGUGGGGGGUCCCCUCUCAAGGCUCUCCCCCCACCCCCCAGAAGACCCCGACCUCUUCCUGGAGCCCACCCAGAGAUUCUUGCUGCUGGCAGGCCAGGGGUGGAGUCCGGACCCAGGACCCUGCCUCGUCAGCGACUCGGAGGACGACAAGCUGCCCUGGCGCCCUGCCCUGGGAGACGCUGGCUCACCCCGAGUCGUGCUGGAGAGCAACCCGGAGGAGACAGGUGCGUGCUCAGAUGUUCUGAGACCCCAAAAACACUGCCAUACCUCUGCGCGGGGCCACCUCCAAGAUGUGGCCGCACCUGGCCCAGAUCCAGAUGUCAGAGAACCCAAAAAGCACCGGUUUGGCCGCCAAACCACCCCGGAUCCAGAUGUGGGGAAAAAAAUGGCUAUUCCAAAUGUUCAGCCCCAAAAUCACUCUGUGAACCCCAAAAUGCUUGCGAAUCCAGAUGUGAAACAUCUGGAAGGCAGCAACCUGACUCUCAACAUUGAGAGUAAUACUGGGGUCAAGGUGCCCCCCAAAACUGGUCUUUUCAACCCAAACCGCCACUGGCCUACCAUGAAGGUGAGCAGCAAUACAGAUGUGGAGGAAAGGGGCCCAGAUCCAGAUGUUGGGUGUCCAGAAAGCCACAGAACAGCCCCCGGAGACCCAGAUGUGAAGACGGAGACCACAGAUCGAGAUGUUGAAGGACGACAGACUCUCGUGGUGGAGAGUGAUACAGAUGUGGAGGAGGAUGUUUCCAAUCCAGAUGCUGAGCCUCCAAAAACCCAUCGAGCAACCCAAAAUGUACUGAGAAACCCACAUCUGGAGAUGGAGAGCCCAAAUCCAGACGCCGAAGGACCCCAAAAGAAACAAUGGACAAUUGUGGUGGACAGCGAUACAGAUGUGGAGGAGAACGAGGUGAAUCCAGAUGCUGGGCAUCCAAAAAUCCAUAGAAUUGUGUGCAGAGGCCCAGAUGUGGAGGGGGAAACCCCAAAUCCAAGUGUUAAAGAACCCCAAAAGAAAUAUUGGAACCUAGAGGUGGACAGUGACACCGACAUUGAAGAAGAUUGGAGUCAAGCUGCUCUUCGCCCAAAAAGCCACAAAACACCCCAAAACACCCGCAAAGACCCAACUGUGGUGAUGGAGACCCCGAAUCCCGAUGUUGGUGGCCUCAGCCGUGGCUCGGUGGCCUCCAAUGGUGACAGCGAUACAGAUGUGGAGGACCUCGACGCCCUUCCCAAAGUUGGAGCUCCAAAAGCACGUGGGACAGCCCCUGAGGUCAUGGAUACAGCUGCUAAGAUGGCCGCUGCUCCAGAUGUUGACCCCGAGGGGCGGCCGCGGACCAAUGCCCAUCCAGAUGUGAAGGUGUCGUUCCCAAAUCCCGAUGUUAGCGCCCUCAAAGCCGAGUGCCCCCUCGUGGAUGUGGGCAGUGACACAGAUGUUGAGGACAAUGGUGCCAUUCCAGAUGUUGGGACAGUGCAGGGGUGUCAAGGGGCAUCUGGUGACCCAGAUGUGGCCGUGAUGUCCCCAAAUCCAGAUGUUUCCCCUCCUGCCAGCCCGCGGGAGAGCAGCGACACCGACGUGGAGAUGUUGCCCCCCACUCCAGAUGUUCGGGGCCUCCGGAGCCGAAUCAGGUUCCAAAAUCACCCCCAUCCAGAUGUUGCGGGCCCCACCACAGGCCGCGACACCGAUGUGAAGGAGACGGCCCGAAAACGCCGGAAAUUGUCCCCCAAAAGGCAGGGUUCCCCCCCCCCAAUCUGAAGUGUGGCAAGGAUGCUCCCAAAGCAUCACGAUUUAGCCCCAAAUCCAGCUGUGGAGGCCCCAAAUCCAGGUGUUGGGGCCGAGCGACGCGACGCGGAGACCCCGGUGAGGGGCAAGGAUCCAGCUGUGCCACCAGAUGUUUCUGCGCCCAAAUGCCCCCGUCUGACCCCAGAUUUGAGUGACGCUGCUGAUACCGAUGGCGGAGCCAGGAGCGCCAGGACCACGGGCGCGGUGGUGACAGAGAGUGACACCGAGGGGUGGAAUCCGGACCCAGGACCCUGCCUCGUCAGCGACUCGGAGGACGACAAGCUGCCCUGGCGCCCUGCCCUGGGAGACGCUGGCUCACCCCGAGUCGUGCUGGAGAGCGACGUGGAGGACACAGAUGUGUGCCCAGAUGUGGAGGAAAGGGGCCCAGAUCCAGAUGUUGGGUGUCCAGAAAGCCACAGAACAGCCCCCGGAGACCCAGAUGUGAAGACAGAGACCACAGAUCGAGAUGUUGAAGGACGACAGACUCUCCUGGUGGAGAGUGAUACAGAUGUGGAGGAGGAUGUUUCCAAUCCAGAUGCUGAGCCUCCAAAAACCCAUCGAGCAACCCAAAAUGUACCGAGAAACCCACAUCUGGAGAUGGAGAGCCCAAAUCCAGACGCCGAAGGACCCCAAAAGAAACAAUGGACAAUUGUGGUGGACAGCGAUACAGAUGUGGAGGAGAACGAGGUGAAUCCAGAUGCUGGGCAUCCAAAAAUCCAUAGAAUUGUGUGCAGAGGCCCAGAUGUGGAGGGGGAAACCCCAAAUCCAAGUGUUAAAGAACCCGAAAAGAAAUAUUGGAACCUAGAGGUGGACAGUGACACCGACAUUGAAGAAGAUUGGAGUCAAGCUGCUCUUCGCCCAAAAAGCCACAAAACACCCCAAAACACCCGCAAAGACCCAACUGUGGUGAUGGAGACCCCGAAUCCCGAUGUUGGUGGCCUCAGCCGUGGCUCGGUGGCCUCCAAUGGUGACAGCGAUACAGAUGUGGAGGACCUCGACGCCCUUCCCAAAGUUGGAGCUCCAAAAGCACGUGGGACAACCCCUGAGGUCAUGGAUACAGCUGCUAAGAUGGCCGCUGCUCCAGAUGUUGACCCCGAGGGGCGGCCGCGGACCAAUGCCCAUCCAGAUGUGAAGGUGUCGUUCCCAAAUCCCGAUGUUAGCGCCCUCAAAGCUGAGUGCCCCCUCGUGGAUGUGGGCAGUGACACAGAUGUUGAGGACAAUGGUGCCAUUCCAGAUGUUGGGACAGUGCAGGGGUGUCAAGGGGCAUCUGGUGACCCAGAUGUGGCCAUGACGUCCCCAAAUCCAGAUGUUUCCCCUCCUGCCAGCCCGCGGGAGAGCAGCGACACCGACGUGGAGAUGUUGCCCCCCACUCCAGAUGUUCGGGGCCUCCGGAGCCGAAUCAGGUUCCAAAAUCACCCCCAUCCAGAUGUUGCGGGCCCCACCACAGGCCGCGACACCGAUGUGAAGGAGACGGCCCGAAAACGCCGGAAAUUGUCCCCCAAAAGGCAGGGUUCCCCCCGCCAAUCUGAGAGUGUGGCAGGGAUGCUCCCAAAACAUCACGAUUUAGCCCCAAAUCCAGGUGUUGGGACCGAGCGACGUGACGUGGAGACCCCGGUGAGGGGCAAGGAUCCAGCUGUGCCACCAGAUGUUUCUGCGCCCAAAUGCCCCCGUCUGACCCCAGAUUUGAGUGACGCUGCUGAUACCGAUGGCGGAGCCAGGAGCGCCAGGACCACGGGCGCGGUGGUGACAGAGAGUGACACCGAGGAAGACCCCGAUGUCUUCCUGGAGCCCACCCAGAGCUUCUUGCCACCGGCAGCUGAGGGCACAGCCCUGGGUUGGGACCCCGAGCAGCCCACCCAACCCUUCUGCCCCCCCGAGGAGGAAGAGGAGGAGGAGGAGGAAGAAGAAGAACAGCCCCCCCGGGAACCCCCCCAGGAACCCCCGGCUGCCUGGGUGCCCCCGGCGGAGCCAGUGACGGUGACUCGGGCCCAGGAGGGGACAGGGACCACAGCAGCCCCCAGCGAGGAUGUGGGGGGGGGGCCCCGCCGCAGCCAGCGCCUGGCCAGGAGCCGAGGGGGUGGAGCCUCUGGCGAGGGCGGAGCCAGCAGGGUUAGGGGCGGAGCUCCCCCUGUCACUGGCCCCGUGCGGCGCAGCCCCCGCCUCCAGGCCCGCCCCCCUCCGCCGGAGCCGCCAGCCAUGAAGGGGCGGGGUCAGGUGGAGCCCCGCCCCCCCGCCAAACCACGCCCCUGUCGGGCAGGCCCUGGCCCAUCGCAGCGGCAAGCUCAGGUGGGUGAGCCGCCAGAGGUCACAGGGCCCCAGCUCCGCCCCCGGGGGGGGGCGGUGUCCCCACAUCCCCAGGUGCUGUUCACGGGGGUGGCGGCCUCCCCAGAGAUGGAGGUGGCCCUGAGGACACUGGGGGGGUCCAUGGCCACCUCCGUCUUCGACUGCACCCACCUGGUGACCGACCGCGUCCGACGUACGGUCAAGUUCCUCUGCGCGGUGGCCCGCGGUGUCCCCAUCGUCACCCCUGAGUGGCUGCACAAGAGCACCCUCAGUGGCCACGUCCUGGUGCCGGAUCCCUUCCUGGUGCGUGACAGCCAGCAGGAACGUCACUUCGGCUUCAGCCUGGCCGAGGCCCUGCGCCGCGCCCGCCAUCACCCCCUGCUCCAGGGCUACGAGGUCCACGUCACCCCCAGCGUCCACCCUGAGCCCGAGCUCAUGAGGGACAUCAUCACCUGCAGCGGUGGCACCUUCCUGCCCACCAUGCCACGCACCUAUGGGCCACAGCGCCUGGUGAUCUCCUGCGAGGCGGACAAAGGGUGCUGGGCCCCGGCGCUGGGCGCCCGCCUGCCCCUGGUAUCAGCCGAGCUGCUGCUGACGGGACUCCUGCGACAGCAGCUCCAGCUCCAGCCCUUCCUCCUCCUCCCCGUGACCCCCCCCCCGUUCUCACGGGACCCCCCCAAAUCCCCCCAAGGUUUCUACAGUCCCUCCGGGGUCCUUAGUCACCCCCCCGAGGAUCCCCAGGGUAUUCCCGGGUCCCCCCGAGAAUCCAGGAAGGUGUCGGGACGUAGUAGUCGGAAUCGACGACCCCCCCGGGAAACUUCUCGGGGCAACCGGCGGCAACCGGCGGCCCCCCAAUAAAAGAGAGUUUUGGUAGCAAAAA